AAAAGAAAGAAACUACUACAUAAAAUUCCUGAAAAUCGCGAACACCAUUGAUUGAAUUGAUGGGUUUCACAAGAUUUGGGCGGCCAAAGGGAGCGCAAGGGCAGUCGAGCCCCAACCUGUACGUGGCCAACUGUGGGCCAGCGGUGGGACUCUCCUAUGACACCAUUGUUUCGGUGUUUGGGGCCUUCGGUGAAAUCAAAGGAGUCUUUGCGGCUGAUGAAAGCGGUGCUCGUGUUGUUGUGUGUUUUGCUGAAGAGGGCUGUGCCCAGAAUGCCUUCAAUGCACUGAAUGGACGGCCUUGCGCUGAGCUUGGAGGGCGUUCCUUGCACAUUCGCUAUUCUGUGCUUCAACCCACUUCACAAUCACAGGGCCAAGUCAAUGACUCAGUUCCUGUAUCUUUGCUGGCCUCAGAGCUAAACAUUCCUGGCCUUUACCUAAUGCACGACUUUGUCACUGCUAACGAAGAGGAGGAGUUUCUUGCAGCAGUUGAUGAAAGGCCUUGGAAAAAUCUUUCGAAAAGAAGGGUUCAGCAUUAUGGCUAUGAAUUUUGUUAUGAAACAAGGAAUGUUGAUUCUAGAAAGAACUUAGGUGAACUUCCAGCAUUUGUUUCUCCUAUACUUGAAAGAAUAGCUAUGCUUCCAAUGCGUGAGGAUGCUGAAGCUGUAGUUUUGGACCAAUUGACGGUUAAUGAGUACCCACCUGGGGUGGGCUUGUCCCCACAUAUAGAUACCCAUUCUGCUUUUGAAGGAUUAAUUUUCAGCCUUUCGUUAGCAGGGCCUUGCAUUAUGGAGUUCAGAAGAUAUCUUGAUGCCGGGUUGACUCCUAGAGCUUCCUCAAGUUCUGAUAUUGAAAUAGAAAGUUCUGGAAACAAUUCAAAUUUCUUAAGGAGGGCCAUCUAUCUUCCUCCUCGAUCUUUGCUACUGUUAUCUGGAGAGGCACGCUAUGCUUGGAAUCAUUACAUUCCACAUCAUAAGAUUGACAUGGUGAAAGACAGUGUGAUCAGAAGAGGCUCAAGAAGAGUGUCUUUCACAUUUCGUAAGGUCAGGGCAAGCCCUUGCCAAUGUGAAUUUUCCCAAUAUUGUGACUCUCAGAGAUAAAAGAGGUAUGCUCCUUAAAGGUUGAAGAUGUUUGGUUUGAGCUCUGCUGCUUUCAGGCACUGUAAUAUUUUAUUGGAGAUGGUAGGCGUGGAGUAAAAUGAGCAUUAGGCAGACUUGGUUCUUUUGCUCUUGGAACAGAGUGGCCUGCUCUUAAGUAAGAGUUGGUUUCGUAAGCAUUCAUGGAAUCUUUUUUGUGGAUGAAAAGUCAUCUAUAGUGAUCAAAGAUUGCCUGUUUGAAUUUAUAGGAUUAAACCCAGGGUCUGUAAAAUGGCAAUCCAUGUAGCAAAGUUCGUUG